CUGCCGUCGACGUCCGACGAUUCAGCGGAUUUUUUUGACAUGGCUUUUUGGCUUCAUUUCAUUAUUUUGACAUUUCGAUGUCAACUACUUUGAAAAAAGUCUAAUUUUCAUAGUUUUUCUUCACCCCUACGCUUUUUCUACUCAAAUAAUAUUGUAGGGGUAUUACAGAGAAACGUGCGCGAGUGUAAAUCGAGGAUGAACUCCAGAAAUUCCGCGAGAACCAUGUGACACGAAUACGAAAAAGGGCUUCCAGACCGUCAAUGUGACAGAAAUGUUUUCUGCCAUCGCGACGAGCCAGCGCUGCUGCGAAGCCGACCCUGCGACGACGCGCCAUACACGAACCGAGGCAUAGGGCAAUCGCGUCAAAGAUGAGCGCGAGAUGUCCAAUCAACCACCGAACCCUAGUGAAGGCGCGGAGGGCGAUCCCGAGUUCCCGGAGGAGACGGGCGGGCAACGCGCGGCCUCCCCGCCGAAGACGUUCGUAGCGCCGCCCGCCUCCGAGCUGCCGUCGAAGCUGGAGUUCGUGGCGCGCGGCGGCUCGGGCCGCAGCAUCAAGCACACGUUCCGCACGGUCAAGUUCGCGCGGCGCGUGCCCACGCUGCCGCCCAAGCGCGACGCGGGCGCGGGCCCGUCCGCGGGCCCCGCCGCGCCCGAGCGCCGGCCGCGCCGCGACCGCGGCAAGCGCCACGUCUGCGCCACCUGCGACAAGCGCUUCUCCAGCCCCGGCAAGCUCAGCCAGCACGUCCUGUCGCACACCGGCGAGCUGCCCUUCCUGUGCGACCUGUGCGACAAGGGCUUCAACUCCAAGUUCAAGCUGGUGCGCCACAGCCUCAUCCACAGCGAGGCCAGGGCCUUCGCCUGCACCGUUUGCGGUAAGACGUUUAAUCGUAAAGAUCAUCUCACUAAUCACAUAAGGGUUCACAAUCCUGUGAAAAAACUGUACACGUGCGAACGGCCCGACUGUAGGAAAUCAUACACAUCUCUUCUGAGCUAUCGGAAACAUGCCGCUUUACAUUCAGCGGAGGAAGGAAACUUGCAGUGUAAGAUUUGCAACGAGGUAUUCAGUACUAAACAGGAUAUUGUGAAUCACCUUAAAGUACAUACAGGGAGUCGUGCGCCUAAAAGUGAGACUGAUAAGAAAUUUACCUGUGAUCAUUGUGACAGAAAAUUUUUUACCGCUAAGGAUGUCCGUAGACAUCUAGUCGUACACACGGGAAGAAGAGAUUUUUUAUGUCCUUACUGCCCCCAAAAAUUUGGACGUAAAGAUCAUUUAGUUCGACAUGUUAAAAAUGCCCAUCCAGAAGAAUCAUGGAAGUCUGCAGCGGUGGGUACUUCCAAGGACCCGCCUUUAGAAAUCUCUUCAUUUGAGGAGACUUAUUCUGAAUUUUCCGUGGAAGGUGCAGAUUUUGAUAUAUGGAAAACUCCGAAACAAGAAUUGCAGGAGGUUCAGAUGGAUGUGCCAGAUCCUGAUCUAAUAGUUGAAAUACCAGAUAUAAAGAUAGAGCCGGUCAAAGAAAUCAAAAUAGAGGCUCCACCAUCACCCACUUGCGAAAUCCUCGACUACCCUGUUGUAUAUAUAGUUCCACCUUAUUCACCGACGCCGCCCGACUUGCCUUACAUGACGACGCAGCCCAUAGCGGAUCCACUGAAUGUGCAUCUACUGAGUUCGGGCAACGUGCAGUCUAUCCUGAUGGACCCGGGAGAGGGGCCGUCGGGCCUGUCCAGUCAGAUGCUGGGCUUGCUGGACGACAGCGAGCCCUUCGCGAGCGAGGAGGGCCGCGCGCCGCAGCGGCUGCCGGCCUUCACGCAGGCCUUCCAGACCGCGCAGGGCCCCAAGCCGCCGCCGCAGCCGCCGCCGCCGCACUAGCGACAUCUGCCUUACGUCGAUACCGAGCUACCUCAUUAUGUAAGGUUGGUCUAAGUGUAAAUAGUCUGGCAUAGUGCAUUAGCAAUGUUUUGUAAUGAAGUGGCAUUUUUAGGAUACUAGAAUAGCGCACUCCAGAUUGUAGUUGCCAAAUUGUAUGUCUCAGGUAUACCAAAAUGUUUCCGAAUUCUACAUGAAUAUGUUAUCUAGUCAUGUAUGUACUUUCGGAAUUGUAAAUUGUUUAUUUAUAGCGUUUAAGUAUGACGUUUAUAGAGUAUAGAUGGGACCAACUCUGUAAGCCGUUAGAUGGGAAACAUUAGCGCGCAUAGUCCACGGUGCAUUACUUGCAUUUUAUUAUUUUUGUAGGGCUGUUAUUUAAGUGUGCUGGAAUUGUGUUAAGGUUGGUGGCUCUUGAAAGCAGUAGGCUGUAUAAUAUGUUUAGAGAGGCAUACUGCUUUUCCACGCGAAGCUAGUACAAGAAAGAGCUGUUGGAAAAGUGAAUCCAAUACUGUGGAUGGUGUCAAGAUCAGAUCUGCUGUAAAUAAUAAAACGAUUAUCAUUAAAACCACUGAGACUAAUCUAUACUAGAUUCAGGAUCAUUCUAUUUUACAGAUUGGUUUUAGAAACCGCUUAAUUAACAUUCAAAAAACUUACCUCAGAAGCACCAGGUGCUUCCUUAGCAUUAAGACUAUCGACUGUUGGGCCUGUGCCGAACGAUGUGUGCAGCGUUUGAAAUUAGGGUCAUGAAAAUAAUGUGC